AUGAGCGGAAAAAGGAGACCAAGAUAUGUUUCCUCUUCAAGUACAGAUCCAAUGCAAUCUGAGUUGGAAGCAAAGGUCGUGAUCCUUGGUACUCAGCGCGUUGGAAAAACAUCACUCGCAGAGCGAUACACGAGUGGGCUAUUUAGUCAGAACACUACUGCUGCCACUAUCGGCGCUUCGUUCCUCACAAAGAAAUUGACUAUCGAUAAAACACGCGUAAGAAUCCAAAUCUGGGAUACCGCUGGUGAAGAGCGCUUCAAGGCUCUCACUCCACUCUACUACCGUGGUGCUCAUGCUGCUAUCAUCGUCUACGAUAUCACAUCCUACAAUUCUUUCCUACAAGUAAAGACUUGGCUAUCUGAGCUGACAGAUAAUCUCAAUCAAUCCAUUUUAAUCGCUAUCGUUGGCUCUAAAUCUGAUCUCGAGUCACAGCGUAAGGUUGAUUUCAAUCAUGCUAAGGAUAAGAUAAAGGAGUGGACUGCUGAGCACAGCUCUGACUUUGUUGAAGUCAUGCGCAACCAGGAACUUCCCUAUGAGAAGCCAACAAGGAUAAACAGAUCUCGAUCAACAAGUAUGUCAUCCUCAAUUGCCAGGUCUUACUCCAACAACUCACAUACAAAUUUCCACGACACUUCUGACACUCCUGGUACCCCUGGUACUCUUGAUACACCCACAGACAACCUCAUCGAUCAAAUUACACUCCUCGAAGUAUCCGCUAAGGAUGACAGCGGGAUCAACGACCUCUUCCUGCACAUAUCGCGCAAACUUGUACAGUCCAAGGCAAAACUGGCAAGAGAACAAGCCACCAGACACAGGGAAUCCAUCUUCCUAUCCUCAUCCACCCCUGGCGAUGGCAGCGUCAUGUCAGACAGCAACCUCGUUCAAUCAUCAUCGUCCAUGUCUCGAGCACCGUCAAGCAGCAACAACGGCUGGUCCUGUUGUUAG